AUGUUACACGUGGGAGCCCAUUGGGGAAGAGGAUCGACAUUCGACGAACGAACAGAUUAUCACUGGAAGGCUCGGACCGAACGACAUCACGCUGGUGGGAGCAAUGGGGUAAAAGGAUCAGCAUUCGACGAAGACAGAUUCCUGAGCUUGGACGUUACGACAUACGUCCUGGUGAUAGAGCCUGAGCAAAAUGGUGGGAGCAAUGGGGAAAACGGAUCACAUUCGGACGAAGACAGAUAUCCUGAAGCUCGGACGACGACAUCACGUCCUGGUGAUAGAGCCUGGACAAAAUGGUGGGAGCCAUGGGGAAGAGGAUCACAUUCGGACGAGGACAGAUAUCCUGAAGCUUGGACGACGACAUCACGUCCUGGUGAUAGAGCCUGGACAAAAUGGGUACCAGACUAUUACGAUUCUACAGAGCCUUCAAAUAAACCUUGCCCGAUGAAAUGA